AUGCGUGCUCCAUUUGCCUUGAUCAUAUGCACGCUUUCGUUGGGAUGGGCGAGUGCCAGUCCAACCUCGCCUGACUCCCAGGGCCCACAAUUCUCGGAUUGGGGAAAUCUGGCGAACAUCGCAAUCCGACUGAAUUCCAGCCAGCUGGGCCAGCAGCUGUUGGCAGACCUGUCGAGUGGCCAGAACUUUACUGUCUUCGCACCGACGGAUGAUGCUCUCGAAUCCUUCUCGUCUCGAGUAUCGAGCAACGACACUUUUGCCAAAGUUCUCUCCUACCACAUUCUCCCUGGCGACUUCCGCAACACGACUUCAACGAACUCCUCUGAUGGAGGUGGAACGACCACCAUGACUGCGACAUCAACUUCGACCGAGUACUCUACCAUUGUUCGCGAGGCUCUUCGGAACUACUCGUCGUCGUCAGAAUCCCAGCUCUACGCCACAAAUCCUCAGCGGAAUCUGGCCCAACGACACCGUCGGCCGUACGCUGCUCAAUUCAUCCGACCUCGUCUCGCUCGGGGCAACAAGUCGCAGGUCCUCGCAUGGACGAGGAGCGGCGAGACAGGCAACGUCACGAUCUUGAACCAAGCUUUUGGCCGUCGCCGCAGGCAAAACAUCACGAUCGUCGACUCGUCGAUCUUGCGCAAUCUGUUCGUCAAUCGGAUUAACGGUGUCUUGAUCCCGCCGGGCAACCUCUCUACCGCUUUGAGGGCUGUUAAUGCCACGGCCGCGAGAGCCAUCCUGUCGGUCGUACAAGUGCCUUCGACCGACGGUUACAACGUCACUGCGCUGAAUGCUCUGGAAGGAGCGCGUGGAAUUACGCUGUUCAUCCCGAAUAACCGAGCAUUCACGGCCGAGAUCAACCAGACGGUGCAAGGUCUGCAAGGUGUUAACCGGACGGCGCUCGCUGCUCUUAUUCAAAACCACUAUAUCAAUGGCACGACCUUGUACGCCCCGAACCUCGCUGCGACGACCGACGACGUCAUCUCCGCUGCGGGCGAGCCAUUCCAGUUCUCGACGAAUGACACCGGUACAUACGUCAACGUUGGGAACAGCUCCAUCGCAAGGAUCGUCCGGCCUGAUGUGCUGCUGAAGAACGGAGUUGCGCACGUAAUCGAUAGGGUUUUGGCCUACACGGGUGGUAACCCGGACGCUGCUAGCUCUGCGUAUGAUUCUGCGACCUCUGUGGCUACCUUCAGCACGACGGAGACUGCGCCCAUUACGAACCCGUACGGUUUGCCGACUUCUACGACGACUGAAACGACUGAAACGACUACGCAACCAACAACGACCGACUCGUAUUCGACAACUGAUUUCACGACUCCGACGCCGACGUCAACUACUGUUGCUUCUACCACGGAGAUGUUCACGACGAUGUCAGGCUAG